AUGUCAAAACGCGCAGCAUCUGGUGGUGAUGAACCGCCCCCAAAGCAUCAUUGCACACUUCAAGGAAAUCAGGCGCUGUGCGAUAAUGGUGCUUGGGAUAUACUUGAAAAAUUCCUGACGACAUCUAUGUUGUUCUCCGAGAUGAACGACGCGCUUGAAGCGUACCUCGGCGAUCGCUACUCUGAAGAUGACUGGGUGGAACCCAGACGUCUGUUGUUCUCCGGCGAUGCCGACAACGCUGAAUCCUUGAAGAACCUUAGGGUUAUCAGGAAGAUGUACAUACUGGACUCACCAGCAAAGUCUUCCAUGGGUAUACCUGGCUCGAGGGCAGUCGGCCGCUUGCCAAAGUCACAGAUUCAUAAGUCACGAAGAUUAUCGAAAGCCGCAUACAAGUUUAUCCUUCAUGAGGCCGAGGAGGAUGAUGAAGAUGAAGAGGAAGAGGAAGAGGUCGGUGAAGUUGGUUUGUCUGUGCAGUCGCCGAAGGCUACACACUGUCUUGUUACUUAA